AUGACUUCAUCAACUGUCAUAUAUUGUAUAAUAUAACAAAGGGAUUUGGUUUACCAAGAUCCCUAUUCAUCUUAAUAUGGUAUAGAGAUAUUGUUUGAUACUUACCAUUUUCAAUAUUAACAAAAUUAUUCUGGCAAAGCAUUCUUUAUGGACGUCAGUUGUUGUCGGCAGGGCUACGAUGGCAGAUUGGGAAUGGGCAAACAACCCCCUUACUGGACUCUAACUGGAUUACACAGCUGUGCCCGGUUCCCCCAGUGUAUAAUCCGCGGGUCCUUCCUGUGGAAGGGGAAAUAAAGGUCUCUGCGGUCAUUUGCCCAGGGGAAGGUCGGUGGUGCGAGGAGAAGCUUAUGCAGUGGUUUGAUCCCCCGACAUGCCAAGCUAUUCUGGCAAUGCCCCUUCCUAGGCAGAAUAUUGAGGAUCGGCUGGUUUGGCAUGCUACUGUUGAUGGGAUCUUCUCGGUAAAGUCGGCCUAUCACUUAGCAGUUCGUCUAGAUCAGUUGAAUGGGCGGUGGCGAUCACAGGUUAGUUGGAUGGACAAAGCUAGUUGGAUCCGUCUCUGGGAAGCCAAUAUCCCCCCGAAAUUGAAGAUUUUUGCCUGGCAACUUUUGAACAGAAUUCUGCCGACUACUGAGGCGCUAAUUGAGAGGAAAAUUGAUGUUUUUGCCCGGUGUCCUGUGUGUUGGGCCUCAUCGGAAACGAUGGAGCAUCUUUUCCUUGAUUGUCCGGUGGCCAGGGCCCUGUGGACUCAGUCUAAUCUGGAUCAUCUUGGGGAGGGCUUGCCUCGGCAUACAUUCCCGUUGUUUAUGAAGAAGUUGCUGGCCAUCUUGCACCAACCUUCGUAGGUCAUGGAAGUUAUUGCUAUCCUAUGGAGGAUUUGGCGAUCCCGUAACUGGGUGGUCUUUGAUGGGAAGCAAUUUGGUAUCCAUGCUCUUAUGUGGCAGUAUCACCAGCAAAUUGGGGAAUGGUUGACCUUACCUAAGGAUCCCCGGCGCCCCUCGCUGGCGCCCCCUAGUACGGGUUUGGGGGGGUUGGGAGGGGCGGAGGGGCCUGUGUGCCGUUGGGAUGGAGAAGUCCGCGCAGGGUCUCACUCGGCAGGAGGCUUUGUUCUCAUGAAUGAGGGAGGCGAGACCGUCUGGGCGACGGGUAUUCAGUUCCCUCGGCUAGAUGACCCAAUGGUGGCGGAAGUUCUUACCCUGCGCGAAGCGAUCAGCUGGUGUAUAAUGCAGGGUUUUGUGUCAAUGAGGUUCGAAGGUAGCAAUAGGGUAGCUCAUAGUGUAGCUAGACAGGCCCUGUCUUUGUUCCCGACUACAUGUCGUUAUUUUGACUUUCAGGCCUGGCUGAAUUCCAGGAUGUAAUUAUCGAUCUGAUUAUAUCAAUAUAUGAUUAUCUUUUGUCAAAAAAGAAAUAUAUUAACAAAAUUAUUAAGAUCAACAAGUUUUUAAAGGAGAGUAGAGUGCGCUCUAACAUCACUUGCAAAAUAAAUAAACGAUAGUAGACUGCUAACUUGUUGGCUUUGUCACUCAAAUUCAUCUUAAUAUGACCAGCAUUGAGUUGUACCUCAAAAUGAUGUAACGGUAUUUUUUUCCUAUCUUUUGAUAUGUUACUAAUGAGUACGGUCUUGAUUUCUUAUAGUUAGACUAAGAUAUAAUUAGAGACAGUCAACUUUAGAGUAGCUUCUUCUUUCCUUUUUGUGCUUCUUCGCUCUUAAUCCCUUUCAUUAUUUUCAAGCUUCUUCUUCCUUACUUAUUUCUCCAUACUAUGUAUUAUGUUUUACCAUGUGUUGUUGAGGAAAGUUUAUAAAUGAGAGGUAGAUGUGAUGAUAUUGGUUAAAACACUUAUGAUUUUAGGCAAGUGCACUGGCGGAUCCAGGGGGUGGCCACCCCAGGCCCCGGCCCAGCCCUCCUUUGGAUCGGUAGUUACUAUAGUACUUAUGAAAUUUUUGAUUUUAGAUAUUCGACUCAGUGUUAUUCUAUGAUAAGAUUGGGUUUAACUAGAAAAAUUAUCAAGUUGAACAUAUUCAAAUCACUAUUCUAAAUUUAGUCUAGAAAUUUUAGCCCAAAGAUUAUGCGUCUUAAAAAAACAAUGAAACAUAAAAUACUAAAAAGUUUAAAACGUA